GGUGCAGAGGAUAAAAGUGGUUAGCGAAGAAGGAAAAGACGAGGUGCUGGUGGCCGUGUUAGGUGGUUCUGCAUCAGGGUAUUAUAUUGUUAUGCACAAGUUGUCUUUCGUAAGGAGCAAUGGUGUCAUAUGUGCUUAUUUAAUUUCAGUACGGAUGGUGAUGUCUAAACAGACAGAUGCAGAGGGGAGGGGUAGUUAGAUCUGCCCUGAUGCAGGCUGCAGAUGCAGGGAAGGGGUAUUGAGAUUAUUACCUCUCUUUGCUAACAGUUUUGAAGAGCACAUAUGUUGUUGUCCAAGAGGUAGCUGCAGAUUGGUAGCCAUCAUGGAGCGAGAGAUCGUAGAAGCUGAUGAAUCACCUGAGCACGAGCAGGCGCGGAUAGAAUUAGUGGGGAGAGCAAUCGGUGAUCAGCCCCCCACACCCUUCCCCACAGGUAACAAUACUACGAUCCAAAUACUACCAGAGGUGACAACUUAGCUGUUCUUUUUUCUUUCCUUAUCACAUCGGAGCAACCUGCAUUACCACCCGAAAGUACAAGAGGUGAGCUUAGAUCUGUAGCGAAGCCAGCAUAGGGCGGUUGUCGCCAGAGUUGACGACGGUUUUGGUGCCGCCAUAUUGGUUAAGUAAUGAUUAAUAUGCUGCUGAACUGUGCUGUUCAAUUUCGAGUUUUGUUCAUGUCGCUCAAUUUGGUUUCUUCAACAAAGCAUAAAUGACUCAACGUAGCUCGAGAACCCCCUUUUCUUUGUACGUGCAAAGUUUCAUGAAGAUGAACGAAAUACUUUGUGUCCUGAGCAACAGAUCAAAACCCAGCCCUUAAAAACAUAAUUUUUGAAGCACAUGUCACGGAACUUGUUCUUUCCUCAUGAAAAUUUGGGUAUACACCUAUACAUGACCUUUUUUUCUGGAGAAACAUAUACAUGUCCAUCGGAAAUUUACCUUUUGCGCUUUGCCGUAAGAUUAUCGUUCCGGUUCAUUUGACGCGAGGACCAGGGAAAGUUCCCCUUGUUCCUUCGUUUAGCGAGAUCGAGAAGCGGUGGGCGGCUUACGGCGGGAGCAGCAGAUCUGACGAUGGAGAUUGCCGCGGCCCGCGGGGGUGGCUUGUCCACCGCGCAUGGGUUGUGGUGACAGAGUUGCUCAAGUGCGCCGGAGGAUUCAAUCUCACCUGACCUGAUGCAGUGAAUAUACAUCCUAAAAUAUGUCUAUAACUCUAUAUACAUCCGUAUGUAGUCCGUAUUGAAAUCUCUAAAAAGACUUAUAUUUAGAAACGGAGGGAGUAGAUGAAAUGGAAGCAGGGCUGAACGAGCGCGGGGGACAGCUUUUGGACAUGGAAGGGUUCAGAAUUUCAGAUUGCUGAAAAGCAAUUCGACACCACAAAUAAGAUUUAUUUAUUAUUUUGCAAUUCUGAUUGCUGCAAUUAUGGACACUCUAGUAGGCUUGGAUUGCUGAAUGUGUAUUACUGCAUAAGGUGCAGAGGAUAAAAAGUGGUUAGCGAAGAAGGAAAAGACGAGGUGCUGGUGGCCGUGUUAGGUGGUUCUGCAUCAGGGUAUUAUAUUGUUAUGCACAAGUUGUCUUUCGUAAGGAGCAAUGGUGUCAUAUGUGCUUAUUUAAUUUCAGUACGGAUGGUGAUGUCUAAACAGACAGAUGCAGAGGGGAGGGGUAGUUAGAUCUGCCCUGAUGCAGGCUGCAGAUGCAGGGAAGGGGUAUUGAGAUUAUUACCUCUCUUUGCUAACAGUUUUGAAGAGCACAUAUGUUGUUGUCCAAGAGGUAGCUGCAGAUUGGUAGCCAUCAUGGAGCGAGAGAUCGUAGAAGCUGAUGAAUCACCUGAGCACGAGCAGGCGCGGAUAGAAUUAGUGGGGAGAGCAAUCGGUGAUCAGCCCCCCACACCCUUCCCCACAGGUAACAAUACUACGAUCCAAAUACUACCAGAGGUGACAACUUAGCUGUUCUUUUUUCUUUCCUUAUCACAUCGGAGCAACCUGCAUUACCACCCGAAAGUACAAGAGGUGAGCUUAGAUCUGUAGCGAAGCCAGCAUAGGGCGGUUGUCGCCAGAGUUGACGACGGUUUUGGUGCCGCCAUAUUGGUUAAGUAAUGAUUAAUAUGCUGCUGAACUGUGCUGUUCAAUUUCGAGUUUUGUUCAUGUCGCUCAAUUUGGUUUCUUCAACAAAGCAUAAAUGACUCAACGUAGCUCGAGAACCCCCUUUUCUUUGUACGUGCAAAGUUUCAUGAAGAUGAACGAAAUACUUUGUGUCCUGAGCAACAGAUCAAAACCCAGCCCUUAAAAACAUAAUUUUUGAAGCACAUGUCACGGAACUUGUUCUUUCCUCAUGAAAAUUUGGGUAUACACCUAUACAUGACCUUUUUUUCUGGAGAAACAUAUACAUGUCCAUCGGAAAUUUACCUUUUGCGCUUUGCCGUAAGAUUAUCGUUCCGGUUCAUUUGACGCGAGGACCAGGGAAAGUUCCCCUUGUUCCUUCGUUUAGCGAGAUCGAGAAGUGGUGGGCGGCUUACGGCGGGAGCAGCAGAUCUGACGAUGGAGAUUGCCGCGGCCCGCGGGGGUGGCUUGUCCACCGCGCAUGGGUUGUGGUGACAGAGUUGCUCAAGUGCGCCGGAGGAUUCAAUCUCACCUGACCUGAUGCAGUGAAUAUACAUCCUAAAAUAUGUCUAUAACUCUAUAUACAUCCGUAUGUAGUCCGUAUUGAAAUCUCUAAAAAGACUUAUAUUUAGAAACGGAGGGAGUAGAUGAAAUGGAAGCAGGGCUGAACGAGCGCGGGGGACAGCUUUUGGACAUGGAAGGGUUCAGAAUUUCAGAUUGCUGAAAAGCAAUUCGACACCACAAAUAAGAUUUAUUUAUUAUUUUGCAAUUCUGAUUGCUGCAAUUAUGGACACUCUAGUAGGCUUGGAUUGCUGAAUGUGUAUUACUGCAUAAGGUGCAGAGGAUAAAAAGUGGUUAGCGAAGAAGGAAAAGACGAGGUGCUGGUGGCCGUGUUAGGUGGUUCUGCAUCAGGGUAUUAUAUUGUUAUGCACAAGUUGUCUUUCGUAAGGAGCAAUGGUGUCAUAUGUGCUUAUUUAAUUUCAGUACGGAUGGUGAUGUCUAAACAGACAGAUGCAGAGGGGAGGGGUAGUUAGAUCUGCCCUGAUGCAGGCUGCAGAUGCAGGGAAGGGGUAUUGAGAUUAUUACCUCUCUUUGCUAACAGUUUUGAAGAGCACAUAUGUUGUUGUCCAAGAGGUAGCUGCAGAUUGGUAGCCAUCAUGGAGCGAGAGAUCGUAGAAGCUGAUGAAUCACCUGAGCACGAGCAGGCGCGGAUAGAAUUAGUGGGGAGAGCAAUCGGUGAUCAGCCCCCCACACCCUUCCCCACAGGUAACAAUACUACGAUCCAAAUACUACCAGAGGUGACAACUUAGCUGUUCUUUUUUCUUUCCUUAUCACAUCGGAGCAACCUGCAUUACCACCCGAAAGUACAAGAGGUGAGCUUAGAUCUGUAGCGAAGCCAGCAUAGGGCGGUUGUCGCCAGAGUUGACGACGGUUUUGGUGCCGCCAUAUUGGUUAAGUAAUGAUUAAUAUGCUGCUGAACUGUGCUGUUCAAUUUCGAGUUUUGUUCAUGUCGCUCAAUUUGGUUUCUUCAACAAAGCAUAAAUGACUCAACGUAGCUCGAGAACCCCCUUUUCUUUGUACGUGCAAAGUUUCAUGAAGAUGAACGAAAUACUUUGUGUCCUGAGCAACAGAUCAAAACCCAGCCCUUAAAAACAUAAUUUUUGAAGCACAUGUCACGGAACUUGUUCUUUCCUCAUGAAAAUUUGGGUAUACACCUAUACAUGACCUUUUUUUCUGGAGAAACAUAUACAUGUCCAUCGGAAAUUUACCUUUUGCGCUUUGCCGUAAGAUUAUCGUUCCGGUUCAUUUGACGCGAGGACCAGGGAAAGUUCCCCUUGUUCCUUCGUUUAGCGAGAUCGAGAAGCGGUGGGCGGCUUACGGCGGGAGCAGCAGAUCUGACGAUGGAGAUUGCCGCGGCCCGCGGGGGUGGCUUGUCCACCGCGCAUGGGUUGUGGUGACAGAGUUGCUCAAGUGCGCCGGAGGAUUCAAUCUCACCUGACCUGAUGCAGUUCCCCGCCAUGAAAUGUUUCAGCGCGAGAUAAAGGCAGAGGCAUACUUAGAGAAACAGAGGGGCCGAUCAGUGCUUCGCUGGGCACCAUGAGACCACUCAUUGGGAAGCUGGACAUGCUGCUGCUAGCUCCUCCUCGGGGAUGUUCCUCCAAGAAGGUCAUGGACAUGAUGCGCCUCCUCAGAGAUGACGUUGAAAAAAUAAACUCCUGCCUCAGUGAACUGUCAGAGGUGGAGGACCCUCCCCUGACAGCCAAGUGUUGGAUGAAUGAGGCGCGCAACCUGUCUUACGGCAUGGAGGAUUACAUCAACAGCUUAUUAUUCGUGCAGCCUGAAGAUCCCUCCAAGCUUGUUGCCAGCAACAUCAAGACGACCAGAUCACUCCGCAAAUCAUCCAGUAAUGUCAAGGCUCCCAAGAAUCAGCUUAUUAUAGCAGAAACGCUAUCAGAAUUCAGGAUGUAUAUCCAGGAGGCGAUUGAACGGCACCAGAGGCACAAUCUCCAAACGUGCAGCACCUUGAGGCAUAGGUUUGUGUCCCCUGGCCCUAUGCUCCUUCCAACGCCAUAUGAAGAGACUGCCGAUGUAGUAAUCGAUGGACGGAUGAACGAAUUCAUCAACUCACUGGCUAACGAUGGGGACCAGCAGCUCAAGGUGCUAUCUGUUCUCGGACCUGCAUGCCUCGGUAAAACUACACUUGCUAGAGUGUUGUACAGUAGACUUGGAAAGCAAUACCAUUGUCGAGUUUUCGUUCGGGUCUCCAAGAAACCUGAUAUGAAGAGAAUUUUCCGUGAGAUGCUGUCGCAGCUCCAGCGUCAGCAUUCCCUACAAGAUUGUAAGGAGAUUGACCUCAUUGACAAUAUCAAGACAUAUUUGCAAAACAAAAGGUAUUUAAUUAUUGUUGAUGAUGUAUGGGCUACAUCAGUAUGGGAUAUUAUUAAUCAUGCUUUUCCAAAGGGUAAUCAUGGCAGCAGAAUAAUAACAACUACACAGAUCGAAGACGUUGCAUUAACAUGUUGCUGUUAUCAGUCAGAGUAUGUUUUUGAGAUGAAACACCUAGAUGAUGAUCACUCUAGAAAACUUUUCUUUAACAGACUUUUUGGCUCUGAAAGUGAUUGUCCUGAGCAGUUCAAAGAGAUUCUAAAUGAAAUUAUUGAAAUAUGUGAUGGUUUGCCGCUAGCCAUAAUCAGCAUAGCUAGUCUUUUAGCAAGCCAGCCUGUCAUAUCAAUUGAUCUAUUGAAGUAUAUCCAUCAGACAUUAAUAUCUUGUUUCUCAGCAUCAGAAAGAAUGAGACAAGCACUGAACCUGGGCUUCAAUAAUCUUCCUCAUUAUUUGAAGACAUGCUUGUUGUAUCUUAUUAUGUAUCCAGAGGGCUACACAUUCUACAAUGAUGAUUUUGUGAAGCAAUGGAUGGCUGAAAGUUUUAUCCAUAGAACGGAAGGGCAAGACAUGGUGAAAGUUGCACAGAGCUAUCUCGAUCAACUUAUUGCCAGAGGAUUCAUCCAGCCUAUACGCAUCAACUACAACAAUGAGGUGGUGUCCUGUGCAAUUCAUGACAUGGUACAUGAUCUUAUUGCACACAAAUCUGCAGAAGAGAAUUUUAUUGUGGCAAUAGACUACACUCAAAAGAGUGUGUCACUUUCUCAUAAGGUUCGUCGACUAUCUCUCCUCUUUGGCACUGCAAGAUAUGCCAAGACACCAGCAAACAUCACAAAGUCCCAAGUUCGGUCACUUGCUUAUUUUGGAUUAUUGGAGUGUAUGCCUUGUAUUAAAGAGUUCAAACUUCUUCGUAUUCUAAACCUUCAAAUAUCUGGUAAUGCUGGCAAAGAUAACCCUGUAGACCUCACAGGGGUUCUAAAACUGCUUCAACUGAGAUAUUUGAAGAUUGGGUGUGGUAUCUGUAUAAAACUGCCAGCCGAUGGGCUACAAUGUUUGGAAACACUGGACAUUACAAAUGCAAUAGUCCUUGAUAAAGAAUGUGGUAUCCAUCUCCCACGGUUGUUGCACCUCAGUCUUCCUUUUGGUACCAGUCUGCUGGAUUGGAUUUGCUUUCGCAAGGGCACUGGCAGGCUGAACUACCUGGAGGAUAUUCAUCUUACCAGUCAUUUUACAGCUGCAUAUGAUCUGCAGAGAUACAUGGAAGCUCUGAGUCCUUUAAUCGGAGGACAUGGCAACCUGAGGACUGUAGUAUUGGCUCAUGGCUCAACGGUAAAAAAUACUGUGGUUCGUGGAGCUCCAGUAGUAAUCACUUCUUUGGAUGACUUGGCACCUCCACCCCUUCUCCAGAGAUUUGAAUUCUCGCUUCACAGAAGCUGCAUAUUCUCACGAAUACCUCCAUGGGUUAAAAAACACGAGAACCUAAGCAUUUUGAAGAUUGCAGUGAAGGAACUUCAGAUGAUUUGUGUUGGCAUUCUCAGAGGAUUGCCUGCCCUUACUGCUCUGUCGCUGUACGUGGAGACGGCGCCCGUUGACAAGAUCAUCCUUGACAUGGUGGGGUUCUCAGUUCUCAAGUACUUCAAGUUGAGGUUCCUGACUGGUAUAGCUUGGCUAAAAUUUGAGGAGGAUUCCAUGCCUAAUCUCUCGAAGCUCAAGCUAGUUUUCAAUGCCAUCCCCCAGAUCGAUGAAUAUGAACAUGGUAUUAUCAGCAUCGGCCAUAUGCCAGGCCUUAGAGAUAUCACUGUGAGAUUUGGGGGUAUUGCUGUUGGUUCUGAGUAUGACUUAGUUAUUAAUCAUCCACGCAAUCCUAUGAUCAACAAGCAAUCGACGGUUUAUAGAUCCUAUAGUGACGAAAGUGGAAAGCAGAAACAACUGGCAUAUGAGAUUCUGGAAGAAGAACGAGAUGAGAUUGUGGAGGCAGAAAGAGAUGAGACUGUGGACAAAGAAAGAGCUGAAUACUAUAAGGAAUUGAGUAGCCCAGCCGAUCAAAGGAUUUCAAGAUUGCCAGAGUCCUUUUCUGGGCUGCAUGAUCCAGUAAUAGGCAAAGUGCGGAGGAUGGUGUUAAGGGUUGCUCACAGCUCCGAAAUCGGAGCUCGUCUCCGCGGCGAGAAGUGCAAGAGGAAGAUUCUGUCAACUGUUUCCAAGCUGGAUGGACUCGAGUCCAUCGACAUCCAGCACGACCAGGACUAUGGCGGGUACAAGCUGACGGUGGUCGGCACCGUGGACCCGUUGCGAAUCGUCAAGGUGCUGAAGAAGCGGGGCUUCGCAGCGCAUGUCGUCGGCAUCGAGAAGGGACGCAAAAAGCUGACCCCCCACUGCGGCUACGGCUACGGCUACUACGCGGGCAUGCCAGCCGCAGCCGGAGGCCCGCCGCCGCCGCCAUACAACGACGCGCCUGUGCACCAAGGAUCAUGCAACACCCAGUAGCCAUCGAUUCUGCAUGGGCAUGCCGAGUGUACCGCGCGCCGUUUGUCCUGCCGACUGCGCUGAGUACAUAUGUGGAGCAGUUUUGGUUCCGCGAUGUGUGUUUUUUUAGAAAAGGAGGAUGGCCCCGGUUUUUGCAUCUGGGAGAUGUAUUCGGCUAUUUUAUUAAUUAUUCGUAAAGACCUUACAAAAUAGUACAAUACAUCAAUAUGUCUGAAUACGCUAUCUUGGUAACAACUGUCGCUACUCUA